AUGGAUUUCUUCAGAGGCUGUAAUGCAGGUGGCCUUGUUGGCGAGCUGAGCUCGAAUCUGCAGAAUGGCAAAUCACUCUGGGGUACAUCCGCUAAUCCCUACCUACCAAGUUGGAUCCAAGACAAUGGCAUCUCAAGUCAAAGGAGCCCCUGGGGAGACCUAAGCUCCUUUGACAACCCCUACUACGCAGCACCUGAUACAGGAAUGACAAGAUACUAUGACUGGACCAUUACAAGAGAUUAUAUCCAACCUGACGGCUACAACAAGAGUGUCAUCCUGGUAAAUGAACAGUUUCCGGGUCCUCUCCUCGAGGCCAACUGGGGUGACUGGAUCGAGGUUACUGUAACCAACAAUAUCGAGGAGGUUGACGAAGGAACAACAAUCCACUGGCAUGGCAUGCUACAAGAGAGCACGCCGUUCAUGGAUGGUACACCGGGCGUAUCGCAGUGUCCCAUUGCACCCGGCAGCACUUUCACAUAUCGAUUCAGGGCACACUUGUAUGGCAGCUCGUGGUAUCAUUCACACUAUUCGGCUCAGUACUCGGGCGGUCUUUUCGGUCCUAUAGUGAUAUAUGGGCCUCUGAACGCACCAUACGAUCUCGAUGUUGGCCCCAUUUCUGUUGGAGAUUGGUGGCACGAUCAAUACUUUGAAGUUGUUGAAAACAUCAUGGCACCAAACUUUACAGGUCGUUCCUUUUCCGACAAUAACCUCAUCCAGGGAAAGAACAAUUUCGACUGCGCCGGUAUUGCUGCUAAUGACACGACCAACUGUACCAGCAAUGCCGGCGUCGCCAACUUCCAUUUCCAGUCUGGAAAGAUACACCGUCUUCGCUUCUACAACUCGGGUUCCCAGGGCAUCCAGCGCAUCUCUAUUGACGAGCACACCAUGUCUGUCGUUGCCAAUGACUUUGUCGAGAUUGAGCCGUACAAUACCACUGUUGUCACUCUUGGUGUGGGCCAGCGAGUUGAUGUCUUGGUUACCGCCAAUGCUGGUGCAUCAGACUCAUCAUUCUGGCUGCGCGCCAAUCUGACCAGCUGCUCCGGGGCCAACCAGCCAAAUGCCGCUGCCGCCAUUCUCUAUGAAGAUGCAGAUGCCGAUGUUAUGCCCACCAGCACGCCGUGGGAUGUACCGGAUCCGGGUAAUUGCGCCAACGACGUACUCGAAAACACAGUUCCGCUCUACCCCAUCCCGCUGCCCGAGGCUACCUUUACGCAGCAUCUGAACAUUAACACGACUGUCAAUGAAACGGGUCACUUUUUGUGGACGUUUGGUGGAGUGUCUGCCCGCGUCGACUUUAACAACCCAACGCUACUCCAGGUCAUGGAUGGCAACUUGACCUUUGAGGAGGAUCUGAACGUGAUCAACUACGGUAGCAAUUCCUCUGUCAGACUCAUCAUCAAUAACCCUCUGCCUGCACCACACCCAAUCCAUGCCCAUGGUCUCAACAUGUAUAUCCUCGCAGACGGCGACGGCGACUUUACCGAUCAGGCACUCGUGAGAACAGACAACCCAAUGCGCCGCGACGUGCAAAAUGUGCGCCCAUUUGGACACAUUGUUUUGCAAAUCGAGACAAGCAACCCCGGUGCCUGGCCCUUCCACUGCCACAUUGCCUGGCACGCCAGCGCCGGCUUCUUUGCUCAAAUGGUCUUCCAGCCUGAUCAGAUUCCCGAUAUCGAGUUGCCCGACAGCAUCAGAGAAGGGUGCGACGCCUGGAAUGCCUGGACUUCUGGUGCCGAGCCCAAUCAGAUUGACAGUGGCUUGUGA